UAAAUAUAUUAAUUAGUCCAGAAAUGCCACUAUACACUGAUAGAAUACAUACUGAUCAAAAUCUUAUGUAUAUCUUAUGUAUAUUGAACUGAAACAAGAGCACAAUGCUACAGAUAUUUUGUAUUCCUCUUAUUUUAAUUUUAUCCCUUCUUAUUUUGUUUUUUCAAAAAAGUUCCAAUGCUGAAGACCAAGUUUAAUAUCAUUGUACAUAUUUGGAUAGAAAGCCUGGAUCAUGCUUUCUAACACAGAAGUCUACCACUUUGUCUACCACUCAUAAAAGACAAAACCUGCCAAUUAUACAGCCCCAUGCAAAAGGCAAAGCAGGGUACCACUUUGUAAUCCUCCCCUCAGAAGUUUCAAACAACUGUUCUGUAUCUGCAAUCCCAACAGUCCAGCUGAUGUGACAGCAACAGUUCUGUCUUCCCAGCGGCACAGUUUUCAUACUGCCUAAAAUGUUCUCAUCUAUCAAACGAAAUUGGACUCUUUAUAAAAGAAUAGCAAGGAGCUUUUUUAAUGAAUUUUUUUAAACUGCCACUUCAUGGUAAAUUUGAAGAUUAUUUCAGACAGAUGACUGAUUCAAAAAAGACACUUUCAAAAAUGAGCUGUUUCAUACCAGUAUUAAAAAUAUUAUUUUCAAGACAGAAGAAGCUCAUAUUCACUCUUAUGACUCUCUAAAUACUGCUGCCCAACGUCAAGGAGCAGAAAUCACUGAAAAUAAAGAACUGGAAAAUUUAAAUAAAAAUGAAAUAAAAUAAAAUACCGAUUUAGAAAAGUCAUAUGCCUAAUUGUGAAAAUACUGCAAAAACUAAAUCCCAUUUUAUUCUCCUCCAAAGCCAAGAUAUUUUGUAACACUUAUUAAAAAAUGAACAGGUAAUAUUUAAAAAAUAUAAAUAAGGGGCUACCUUUAAUCAUACUUUAAAUAAGAGAUAGUAUAAUAGUGCUCGUUAUUAUAAAAGUCAACAGCAGGUGACUACAGCUAUCAACACAUCUAAACAAGGUACCUGAAGAGUUCAAUAUAUUUUCUACCAGAGUUUUUUCCUACCACAAUGACUUCUUAUCUGCAAAUUUCUAGUGUUCCUUUUACAAUUUAUAUUUGUCUAGUAAGCCUGCAAUGUGUAUGCUAUUACCAAAACCAACUGCAGUGAAAUAAGUUUUGCUUGAUGGCUUGCAAUCCUGUAUGAAAGGGCAGCAGCUCCUUUUUACAAGAAAUUCUAAAGCACUGUCCAUUUGCCAUCAUCUCUGUUCAAGUACCUUGUGUACUGCAGCUCAGCUGCUGCAGGGUCAUAGUCAGAUAUUCAUUCAGAUAGCUCUAAUUUUAAAUGCAAGCUUUUUUUGUUUGCUGAUUUCUUUUCCUUUCCCCCUCGCACUUCUCCUCCCCCCCUUUCCUCCCUGUUACACAGACAGCCACAGCUUGGCUACAAAGCUCCCAGUUACUCAUUUCCACGGGAGAAAAGGCAGACAAAAGGUGACAGGAGAUAACCAUCAUGGCAUCAGCAAGCCUGCAGUUCUUUGCUUUUAUUCUGGCGUUGUUUGGUGUUUUUGGAGAUAUUGCAGCCACCCUGCUACCACACUGGAAGGUAAACGCAGACGUUGGCUCAAAUAUCAUAACAGCUAUAACACAGAUGCAAGGACUUUGGAUGGACUGCACAUGGUACAGCACUGGGAUGUUCAGCUGCACCCUGAAAUACUCCAUCCUCUCUCUCCCAGUUUACAUCCAGGCAGCACGGACCACCAUGGUACUGUCGUGCAUCCUAUCAGCCUUUGGGAUCUGCAUCACUACGGUCGGAAUGAAAUGCACGAGGUUGGGAGGGGACAUCGACAGCAAAAAUAACGCUUGUUUUGCUGGAGGAAUCUGCUUCAUUCUUGCGGGAAUCUUUGGAUUAGUACCAACAUGCUGGUACACGAGAGAAAUUAUCUCAAAUUUCCUGGACCAGACCAUUCCAGAGAGUAGUAAACAUGAACCGGGAGGAGCAGUUUAUACUGGAUUCAUCUCAGCAGGGUUUCUGCUUACCGCAGGUGUGAUCUUCUGCUCUUCCUGUUUUAAAAGGCAGCAAGGAGCAUGGAAUUACCCUCCAAAGCAGCACCAUUUCCCAUCCACAGAGCAGGACAGCAAUGCAGGUUACAGCCUGAAGGACUACGUAUAAAUAGUUAUUUCUAUCCAUUGAAGUCUUUUUAUUCGUUCAAGGGGGGGGGGGUUUGUGUGUGAAGUGUAGUUUGAUUAUUUCAAAGAAUGUGUAACAUAGCACUUAACCUUUUCUAUAUCUAGGUAGCAGUUAUGCUUGUGCACAGUAUUUCAUUUAUAGGGGUAUUCACAAAAAGGAACAAGUAGGAAAAGAUGCUAGUCUGCUACAAGAGUACUUUAUUUUGCUGAUUUUUCAAGCCCUUCUUUCUGACUUCCCAAGAAACACUUAUAGAAGAAAAAGGAACUAUUUUAAAAACAUAACUGAGUGUACAAUUCAUGCAUGGAUGUCUUGUUCCAGCAAAGAUGAUUAAAAACUAAUUGCUUUCUGUUUAGUGAAUCAGACUUCGAACAACAUUUUAUAGUGUAUUUUACAUUUUUGUCUUGAUUUAUGAUACAAGGUAAAAAAGCCAGAAAGUAUUUGUCCAAGAAGCCCAAUUCAAAGGUUUUAAAAAGCGGACACAUCUGUCUUUCAUUUUCAAUUGUAAAUUGCCUUGGUAACUAGAUUUUGUAAAGAAAAAAACAAAUUAAAAAAUACAUACACAAAAAAAUCAACCAACCAAAACAAAUCCACAACAAAAGCCCACGGCUCCAAACCCUAGCUGCACUGUCUACUCUGCAUAUCAGGCUGAAGGAUCAGCAGUACCAUUCAGCUCUUGCCAAACCCAGCUCUCCUGCCCCAAUCUGCCACCUGCUGUGGGUUUCAUUUAUUAGCGUGAAAGGAAAGUGUGCUGGACAUUCACCAACUGCUACUAAUCUAUUACUACAGACUCAAUGCUAGAGAUGAGGAGCAGUACAACAAGAGAAAUGUAACAGUAACUGUGAAAACACCUGCAAACUGUAACAAAUGGGAUAGAAUCCAAAUUAUCUGUGUUUAAGAAAUGUCUGUAAACAUUCUGACUUACACUUGCUCAAGGUAGGUACUAACAGCUCAAAUAACACAGUAACUACUUACUGUCUUCUACACUUCUGACCCAUCUGAAAGAACCUUUCAAGUCCUUUAAAUUAUUCCUGUAGGAUCUGUUCCAGGCCCACUCCCAGGUGUUCUGUAACUGCAAAAUGUACUAUACAACAGUGCUAAAGAGACAGUUUCUUUAUUUUUAUAACGGUCUCAUUUUGAAUAAUUACCUUAAAUCUUUUAACCUUUUCCUUUACCACACAGAUUUUGUUUUGUGUUGGUCAUUGGCAAAGUAUGUUCUACCUAAAUACUUCCCUAAGUGAGAACCAAUCAAGAAUGAUAAGGGGUAUGAUACUAUAGUACCUGUUUUGUACUAUUCCUAAUGCAACUAUCAGCAGUUAGUAGGUAUUGCAGAGACUUCACUAUGACCAAAAAGACAAUUCCCUUUUUUCCUAGACACAAUGUUGUGCAGCACCAUUCCAUUCACCAAGAAUCUUUUAUGUCUCAACACUCAUAGAAAUGCUGAAAUAAUAUUCAUGCAUCAAGCAAAUGAGGUAAAUAACUCCUCACAAACAUGCAUCUCCACCUUUAGAAAGGGGUUUGACAUGACACUAAGCUGUGAUCACUACCAUGUAUGUGAGUUAAACUUGUUUGCAAAAAUUGUAAUCAAGGGGCAUUUUUACAGGACGGCAUAAGAAAAUGGUAAUAAGGCAUACCAUGAGCACAACAAAAUGUUCACUGGUUACACGUGCUGCAAACUUUUCUUCCUGAAACUUUACAAAAAAGUAGCUGUACUUCAUAUAGCUAGGAAACAAAAAUCAAGGAUGAUGCCAUUUCAUUCACAGUAUGCUGCAAGAGCUUUCCAAUGAAACAGAUUCUAUGAGAAAUGGUAACAUCUAAAAACAUGUCAGUCUACAGCUAAAAGAACAAGGAAAAAAGAGAAAAUCAGUCUACAACAGGAGUUUGAAGGAACCAAAAUAAUACUGAAAACAGGUGCCAGUCCUGGCUGAAAGAAUUGUACUUUUGGCUUUUGCAAUAGGCAAUACUUGUUUUAACUCAAAAAAUAUAUUAAAUAAAAAUAUGCCUGCCUUUAGUUGUACUGCUUGUUUUAAUGAACAGAGCACCAAUUGACUCUAGGACAUGCUUGUACUUAGAAAUUUGUCACAACUCUGUGUGUUACCUCUCUUGGUCAACUAUGGCCUUUUCAGUACAGGAAAACGGAAGUAUCAGAGCUUCCCAAUUCUGGGACACAGUCUGCAUAAGACUUUUAAUUACAUUAGCUCUAUUAGUACUCAAAUUGUACCUACUACUGAGAAAUCCAAAACAUAAAACUGGAAUUUUAGCUUUACGUAAAACUAUUUCACAUAUUUGACAAUAAGAGAGCAUCCGGAAAUUAUUUUCCAUUCAGCAAGGGAACAGGGAAAAAAAAACCUAAACCAAAACCUCAAAGCAAAAAAUAACAUUUCUUAAGCAUGGUCAUUUUCUUUCACAACAGACUGUCAUCACAACUAGUAAUUUAACAAUUUUGAACAGUUACUUGCUCAAAAUAUACUAACAGAAUUUUAAAUUAUCAUCAAAAUAUACCCAGAUAGAGGCCUUAAAAUUCAUCGUGACAAACGAGAAAAUAACAUUCCCAAGGUUCUCAAGAGAUGCCAGAAAAGUAAAAAAGACCAAGAAAGAGAGACUGAUAAAGGGGAAGGGAGAUGUAUUGAAAAGCUGAACCAACCAAUUUAAGAGAAAUUUCCAGAAACUGCAAGUUCACUUCUGAAACAGAACAGCAGUUUGAUAGGACUGUUUGAUAGUAAUGGUUUUAAACUCCCAGAGGGUUGAUUUAAAUUAGAUAUAAGGAAGGAGCUUUUUACAACAAGGCUAGUAAAACACAGACAUGCUGCCCAGAGAGAUGGUGGAUGCCCCAUCCCUGGAAACAUUCAAGACCACAUUGGACAGAGCUCUGAGCUUGUCAUUUAUUUGAAGAUGUUCCCGUUCAUUGCAUGGGAAUGGUACCAAAUGACCUUCUCUCCAACCCAAAUAUUUCUGUAAGCCUAUGAACUCCACAUGCAUUCAGGAACACAGAUGUCAUUUAAAGUCAGGCACAAAUUUUUACAAAAAAAUCCAAACCAAACCAAGCUUCUUGUCCAAAAUACUGGUUUAUUUCUUAAUUUUUGAUUCCUGUAUUCAUAAUGGCUAUUAGCAAAAACCACGGGCAGUUGAUAAGAGGACAACAAAGAGACUGGUCUCUACUCACUCAAGAACAUUUAAGAGGGAGAAAAGAUUGUUACUUUUUUAAACAAUCAGUGGGAUAUGGGUGAUAAAGUGCUGUAGCAAAUAGGAGGGAGUAAAAUGUGCUGAAGAUGACUGGGGUGAAAUGAAGAUUAUAGAUAUGGUAAAAUUAGAGAUGUUUGACAAAGGUGACGAAUGAAAAGCUUUUCUUAUCACAGUCUUUCAAAAGACCCAUCAAACUCUUAAGGCACAAUUCCCAAACUGUUUAUAAAUGUGAAGGGCAAAAUAGCAGGCUUUCCAAAAAUACUCCAAUCCUAGCAAACUACCCUGCCAUUAAAUCCUAAUCUCCCUCUCCAGAACAUCCAAAAAAGUAUGCUGACCUUGCAGAUAGCUUUGAAGGUCAAAGCCAAGUUCUGAGGAACAAAAAAAAAAAAAAAGAAAAAGCACUUUCUCAGAGUAAGCAUGUUUCAUUUACAGGAAUUUUACAUCAGUCCAUUUUGUAAUAUGGAGAUGUUCAAAUACAGCAGCCACCAAUGUUUCUUAGUGAACAUUGCUUGAGUGGCAUACUAAAAAAACCCACAAAUAAAUACAG